GCAAUCUUUACUGGUGGUGCGCCACCGGAAGAAUAAAAAAACGGUGUUGCUAGGACACGUUAGUGUAAACGAAAAAGUGUCAUCUAGCAUUUCAUUUCAGAUAUUUUUUGCUAAUGCAAAUUAGUUUCAAAUCGAUACAUUUAUCUACAACUUAGCUAAUUGCAGUUAUAUUUAGGCGGAGAAAUGAAAUUGGCUGGGAUAAUAAAGGAACCUCACCCCCUGAACCCCAAAGUCUUGCUAUGGGCAGAUGUAAGCUACAGUGACAUGGAGGAAAUUGAAAACACCAAGACCAUACCAGAGCUAGAGAGAACUCUAUGCUCUGUGCUGGGAGUAAACAUUCCUGAGCCGAGGAGGGGAGUCCUGCUGGAGCUCUAUGUCCACACAGUGCUGUUCUGUAGAGAGAGCAACUUCAACAGGGAGCAGACAUCUGCCCUCCUCUCCAUCGUCAAGAGCAUGCAUCAGGUUAACACUGAAACUCCACUCAACAACAUGGGCCAUUGCUUUGCAUACUGCAGUGAACUUCUGCUCUGUCACUCUGUCAGGAGACCUCCCUUCAGUAUCAGCCUGUUCAGCUCUGAGGAAGUGACCCAGAUCUUGAAGUAUCUCCUCAACACCUAUAUUAGACAUUACAAUCUGUACAAGUACAUAUUCACCCCUCAGGUUAAAUUGGAUCUGUCUUUUUCCUACUCUGGCAUGCCAGACGAAGACCCUGCCACUGAGGACGCAGUAUCAUCAGCUGGGUACUGCAAUAAGGAAAACGAGCCAGAGACUGCAGAAGAAGGGGAGCAGCCCAUUGAAGCAAUGAACACAGGGCCAGAGGUGGCUAAUACAGAAGAUCCAUCGCCCAAGUCAGAGUUGAGGAUGAUAAUACAACAGGAAAUGAGAGAGGAGAUGAUGCACUUGUCAAGGCAACUAGAGCAACGAUUGAAGGAAAGUGCAGAUCGGGUAAAUAGUGCUCUGACUUCACUGGAGACCAACCUCCAAGGCAAAAAGUAAACGUAAAAGCCUGAUUUUAUCUAUGUAUUUCAUUCUGUUCUUUGCACAUGCUGUUCUUUGCAGUAAAACACUGUUAGUCAAAUUUGAGAUAUAGGUUGUUUGUGGGUGUCUGUCAGUAAAGAGAUUGAUUACGUAA